AUGAGUCAUCCUCUUGCAAGCCCAUGGACAUUUUAUCUUUAUGCUACAAACAAAGCAGAAAGAGCAGCGAAAGAUUACUUACAGUGCAUUCAAAAAAUUGCUAAAGUUAACACAGUUGAAGAUUUUCGGGCAGUCUAUUCACAUACAAUUCCUCCAUCGAGACUGAAACCAAAUACAGCUCUUCACUUCUUUAGAGGUGACCAUAGAGCUGUUCGUGAAGAUAAAGAAAACGAAAAUGGUGGAACAUUUUUCAUUAAGCUUUUAAGAAAUCACGCUUCUCAAGAAUGGAAGAAAUUACUUCUAGAUUUUAUAUCAGAAAGUAUUAAUGAAGAUGUUAUUGGAGCUGUUGUAUCAGUUCGAAAUGAUAAUGAGCGUAUUCUUGUUUGGAAUAAGACUUCUAGUGAUCCCACAAUUCGUUUAGCAAUAGCUAAUCAACUUGCUAAAUGUUUGAAUCUUCCAUUUAAGAGUAGAAUAGAAUAUCUUGCCCACCAAAGGAUUGGUAACUCAAAACCAAUAAUGUAUAUCAUAGAGGCGGAAGGUGCCGUUGAGCAGCAUACUAGUAGUAAGUAA